AGGCUCAAGGCUCCAAGACGCCUUAUGGAGUUUUAAAAAGGGCCAGCCACUUGGGUUAGAGAUCUUGGAGGCUGGUCGGAGUUUUCUUCCCCUUUCAGAUUGGCAUUGCCUGGAGAGGCGAUGAUUCACACCUUCGAGGCAGAGUUUCCUAAACCAGCCGGCUCGCGGUUGGGCAUUCAGCUCUCUCUCGUCGACACGCCUGACAGAGAAGGCUUAGUUGUGGAGAAGGUUGCAGAAGGAGGGGCGGUCGAUGCCUACAACAAGAAAAGCCCCGAAGGCUACCGAAUACAGGAGGGCGACCUGGUAAUGAAGGUCAACGGCGUCGCAGCCGAUCAAGGUCCUUUAGCUCACCAUAUGCCCGCGAUUGCUGGGAAAGUCAUGGAGGCAAGCAUGAUGCGCCUGGAGGUGAAAAGAUAUUGCGCAGGCCCAGGGUCCCUGAGCGGCGGGGCAAUGAAGUCACCGAACCUCCUCCCCCCGCCCAACUUUCAGGAUGCCCCAAGCUGGACCGGGAUGGGCGGGUCUCAGCAAGCCGCAGAGGACGCUGGUGCUAUGAGACAGGGAUGGAAGGGGAUGCAGUCAAUGGGACUGGAUCAGUCCAGCGCUGACGCUGGCGCUUGCGGACAGGGACCGAAUCAGGAGGCCGAUUUGCUGAUGCAAGGGCAGCUCCCGACGCGUGCGAUGGGCAUGCAGCUUGGAGGCUGCUCCGGAGGUUGCGGUGGUGGCUGCGGCAGUGGGUGUGGCGGAAACUGUGGCUGCGGCUGCGGCUGCGGCGGCUGCGGCUGCCGUGGAAACUCGGGCUGCGGAAACUCGGGCUGCUGUGGCCUGAACAGCUGCUGUGGCGGAUGCGGGGGCUGCUGCGGCUGCGGGGGCUGUGGCUGCGGAGGUUGCGGCUGCUGCGGCAACAACCCCUGUGGCUGCAGUGGCUGCGGCUGCGGAGGCUGCGGCUGUGGCUGUGGAGGCGGAUGCGGCUGUGGCUGCGGCCAAUAUGGCGGCUGUGGCGGCUGCGGAUUGGGAGACAACAGCAUCAGCGGCAUCCAGUCUGGCUUGGCCCAGCUGCAACAGCAGCUGCAACUCCAGCAGCAGCAGCUGCAGCAGCAGGUGAUGCAGUCCCAGGCCAAUGUCUUGAUGCCUCCGCCACCGCCACCUUUGCCUCCAGCAGCACCUCAGAUGAGGACGCCCCAGCAGAUGCCCAUGAACAUCAACGUACUGAGCAAGCAGGCGCUGCAACUCCAGCAGAAGAUCGCAGAGCUGCAGCAACAGCUGGGCCUCAUGGGCUUCUCUGAAGGAGCGCAGGUACAGCAAAUGAUGGGCGUGGAGGAUGAGGCUGAAGGCAUGCAGGGAGGUUCGGCUGCUGGGCAGGCCUCAGGGCGAACGCCCCAGCCCGACGCCAACCCGGGCUGGUCACACGCGCAGCUCCGCGGUUUGACAUCGGUUGACCGAGAAGAGGAGAUAUCCCAGCAGUCGCUCAUGCGCAACGUCCAGUCCAUGACCCAUCAGCAGCAGCCGCACGCGCAAAAGCCGAAGGAUGAGGUUCCCAACCAGCUGGAUCAGAACAGCAGCUUCACCUUCGAGGUCUUCUUGCAGCGAGCUGAAGGCAUGAGGCUCGGGCUCAGCGUGCUUCCGGUGACGAUGCACGACACGGCCGCCCUCUGGGUGAACGAUGUUUCAGAAGGUGGCGCUGUGGAUGCUUGGAAUAAGUCUGUUUGUCCGGCUUUCCAAGUACGCAGCGGCGAUGCGAUUACGCGGGUGUUCGAUGCUCAUGGCGACCAUGCGAAAAUGAUGGAGGAGCUGCAAAGCCGUCGGAACAUCCGACUCGCGGUGCUGCGCCAGGCAGGCACCGGCCCCUCGCCGCCCGUGGCGAAGUCAACCCCCAAGGCUCCGCAGCACCCGCCGAAGGCGCUGCCGGCCCCCCGUGCGCAGGCGCAGGCGCAGGCUGAGGAGGCGCAGAACAGGCAGUUGAUGUCUGGCUUUCCUACUGCCCUGAAUUCGAAGCAGGACGAGGACUUGGAUACUCAGCCAAAGACUGCAGGACCGCCCGGCCUUGUCGUGCCUUUGAGUCGCGAAGCAGCUGCACCAGAUGAUGCAGGCGAUUUAGUUGGGAGCAUCGACAUCCAAGAAAGUGGAUCGAAUGGGCCGCUUCGCUUCAAGGUAGUCCUGGCCCGGAAGGGUCCCGGCCGCCUUGGCAUCGAUGUGGUCUUGAAGCGCGAGACGAACUUCUGUGGACUGUUGGUCUACACGGUGAGCGAGGGCGGCAGAGUGGAUGCUUGGAACAAGCAGAGCCAGAUGCCAUACCGGGUUCUGCCAGGCGACCACAUCCUGGAGGUGAAUGAUGUGAGCAUCAGUGGAGACAGCAAUGCUCAGAACGACAAGUUUGUAGUGAGGAUGAUUCAGGAGUUGUCCAAGGAUCAGAAGAAUGUGCACUUCACAGUGGAAAGAGUCCAGCUGGGCCAAGAAGCCGCGCCGCCAGAGGUUCCUGGGUUCCAGGAAGACCUCGAGGGGGCGGAGCCCGGCGCGCUGCCAGGCGAGACUCGCCUGCGCCGAGAGGAGCAAUCCAUGCCAAGACAGGUUGGCCCUCAGAAGGCGCUCGAGCUGCAGGACGCGGAGGUGGCAGGUUUGCCAGGCGAGACUCGCCUGCGCCGAGAGGAGCAGUCCAUUCCACGACAGGUUGGCCCUCAGAAGGCGCUCGAGCUGCAGGACGCGGAGGUGGCAGGUUCCAAGGCGGCCUCGAAGGCUCCAAAAUCCCCGGUGCCGUGGCAGCAGAAACCGCCGUCUCAGCCGCCAGGCAAGGAGGAUCCAUCAGUCCCUGACUGUGAAGAGCCCCCUUCGCCUUUGCCCGAAGGCACCCCUGAAGCAAAGGAGGAGCCUGAGGCAGCGGAAGUGGAAGAGAAGAACGAGGACUCCAAAGACAAGGACGCCAAGGAGUCUAAGGAGAAGGAAGCCAAAGAGGAGGAGAAGGAGCCCAAGGAGAAGGAAAAAGCAGAGAAGGAGCCCAAGGCCAAGGAGAAGCCGAAGGCCAAGCCGGAGGCCAAGGUGCCGGUGGGCAGCCCACAGCGACCGCUGCCGCCGCCCCCGAAGACCGUGGCGCCCUCGAAGCCCGGGGAGAUGAAACCCGAGAAGGAGAAGGAGCCCAAAAGCCUCAGCGUGCCGGCUCCGCCUGCGGGGCCGGCGCCGCCACCCCCAGAAGCGAGCAUGUCGUCACCGAAGGCAAAGGGCCAAUGAAGCCAGGACCAGAGUCUGGUGGGGCGCGAUUUGCUGCGCCAAAACCAGGAGCAGAGAACCGGUUCUUGCACAUGGGCAGAGCCCAUCGCGACAGACCACGAGUUUCGAGCAG